AUGUGCGAACUUCCGGUUUCCCGGCCUCCGCCGCCCCUGCAACUGCUGUCGCCGGUGCCACCUGCCGCGGCCGCGCCUCUCCCCGGGAUUUGGUCACUGCCGCCCCGUUCUCCGUUGCGCCCAUGGUCCCUCCGGGAGCCAAGGCGGCGGUCCCGGCGGCUCCGGCGUGGUGAGAGGCUGGUCGGGGACUAUGAGGGCCCUGCACCGCAGCUGCUGCCUCGGCCGCCUCCUGGCUUCCGCCCUCCUGCUGUUGCUGCUCCUGCCAGGGUUAAGGGGGCCCCUGGCGGUGCUGCUGCAGGCGGCCGAGGCCGCUCCGGACUCAGGACCUCCCGAUCACGGGCCGCGGACGCUGUCCCCACUGCCGCCCGGCCCCACCGCCGCCCAGGCCCCGGGCCGCGCUCCGGCUGAAGCCGCGAGGCCGCGGGGUGCAGAGGGCGGCAAUGGCAGCAGCCCCGGGGCGGCGCUUGCAGCGGAUGACCCAGCGGGGAAGGCGGGGGAACAAGGCUCAGUGGGUGGCGUCCUCGCUGUGAGCCCCAACCCAGGCGAAAAGCCCAUGACCCAGCGGGCCCUGACCGUGCUGAUGGUGGUGAGCGGCGCGGUGCUGGUGUACUUCGUCGUCAGGACUGUCAGGAUGAGAAGAAGAAACCGAAAGACUAGGAGAUACGGAGUUUUGGACACUAAUAUAGAAAACAUGGAACUGACACCUUUAGAACAGGAUGAUGAGGAUGAUGACAACACGUUGUUUGAUGCCAAUCAUCCUCGAAGGUAA